AUGCCGACCGCUGGCGCUGCCUCGGGUGGUGGGCGCACGCCAGCGUGGUCAUCCCCCGCCGCGACCGCAGCUGCCAUGAAUGCGUCCCACGCACGUGCUGCGCCGUCGUCUGCGUUCAAGCCAGCUUCGACCGGGUCUGCACCACCUCCGAGCGCGGGGUCGGGCUCCGUGACGCCUACGACCGUCGGUGGUCCGACCGCGACCGAAUCGUCGACCAAGGCACCGCAAGCCGCCACAGCGGCAGUUCCAUCACCAGCAGCAGCGCCGCCAGCGCCCGCAUCGCCUGCAGCGCCUGCAUCGCCUGCAGCGGCACCGGUCAAGGCCGAACCCGAAUUGCACCAGCGCCUUGUCGUGCUCCUCUUGGCUUUGGUGGUGAGUGACCGAGUCUACUAGCUCUCUCUCGUGAACUGUACUCCCGGCGGGCUAGCCUACGCUCCAGAGCAUUUGAGACUGACUUGGCCCCCGCGCCGUACCGCCUUACGCUUCCCCCAUCGACUGCUCUCUCGCGCCUCCCCGGACCGAGGAACCUACAGGGAUCCAAAGUGGUCGUCACUACACGAGAGGGCAAGCGGUACAUCGGCAUCCUCGCCGCGUCCUCGCCCCAGCACGAGCUCUCGGUCAACCUGCGUCAGGCGCAACAGGUCGAUGCUCAAGGCGACGACAUCCCCGGGGAGGCCGCCAAGCCGAACAUGCUCGUCGCGUCGCGUGACCUCGUCGAGCUGUACGCCCAUGACGUCGCGCUCGAUCCGCGCACGUCUUCCUUCACCGCCAGCUCGUCGUCCAAUCGAGAAGGCUUCAAGACGGACCUUCAGGUCACCGGCACGUCUCUCGGAGCACGCGAGAAGAAGCUGCAGGCUUGGGCGCCCUCGGGUCCUGGUGAGGGACGAGGCAUCGAGGACUCGGUUUCGGGGUUGAGUCUCGAGGAUGACAUCGCCUCCGGCAAAGGAUGGGAUCAGUUCGCGACCAACGAACGACUCUACGGUACACGGACCGACUACGAGGAGGAGAUCUACACGACCAAACUCGAUCGCACCGGUGCCGACUUUCGGCAGCGCGAGCAGCGCGCGGCUCAGCUCGAGCGCGAGAUUCUCAAGGGCGGUGGAGGUGCUCUCGCGAACAACACGCACAUGGCCGAAGAACGCGGGACCGCUCUUGACGACAGCAAUAUGAACGAGGAGGAUCGCUAUUCGGGUGUCAUUCGUGGUCCCGAAGCUUACGUUCCCCCCGGCGCUCGCAAGUCGACUCCUGUUGCCAAGCCAGUCGUUGCCGCCCCGAACGGCGCCUCUUUAGGGUCAGCUUCUACCCCGAGCAUGUCCACCCCCGCGCCCAAGCCCACACCAAACAGUGGCGCCCAGUCCCAGACAAGCUUCCAAGAUCCGGCCAUUCUUUCGGCUUCCGGGUCGUCUCGAUUGCCCUUGCCCAAUGCGCCCAACUCGAGGAUCCCCUCCCCGGCCGCGAGCACGAAUGCAACCGCUAGUGACAAGUCGGACGCUGCGAGCAAGGCGACGUUGGAUGGCCACAUUCUGCGUUUUGUCUCGGACGAGCGAGAAAAGCUCAACGAGCGCAAGCAAGCUCUGCUCAAGGAGGCCCGCGAGACCGCCGAGAAGAAGGAAAAGGACUCCAAGCUGCGAAGCUUGCUCGAGUUUAGCCAGACGUUCAAGCUCAAAGGUGGGACACCUACCGAUCUCGCUUCCAUCAUCGGCGACCUCAAGCCUGCGGCGAAUGGCAACAGCAAGACUGCCGCGACCGUCUCGUCUGCGGCGGCCAAGCCUGCUGCCGCGCCUGCUGCCGCUGCGGGUACACCAGCAACGCGGGGUUCUACCGCGCCACCAGCUCGUAACGCCACGAUGAGUCCUGGCAAGCUUCUUCCCGACAUUCCUCCUUUCAACCCCGAAAAAGCUCGAGCAGCGGCCGAGGCUCAAGCCCUCUCCGGCGCAAGCAAGACGACAGCACCGGCCAAACCCGCCACGGCACCGGCCAAACCCGCCACGGCACCCCUGAGAGCGACAUCGGCGGCCGUUCCUCGACCUCUCGGCGCUCCCGUUGCCUCUACCUCGAAGCUCACUGCUGCUGCGCCCGCCUUCGUGUUCAAACCUAACCCGAAUGCGUCCGCAUUCACGCCUGGCGCAUCUCUCGGAGCCGGGGCAAUUCGACCUGCCGCCGCUACCCCUUCAAAUGCCAGUGUCUCUGCCGUGGCGGGCCCUUCGCCUGCUCCUGCCAGUAUCUCAGCAGCCGUCGCAUCCGCCGCGCCCAACCAUGCGUCAGCUCAAGCCGCGCUUCACCCAUUUUUCGGCAACAAGCCUUACAAACGCGGUCACGGGGGUCUGUACGUCAAGGAGGAGUUUGCGCCCUUCAAAAGCGGUGUCCCAGACCCGGCGACCGUCGAUCCGCGCUGGUCGUUCCAUGGCAAAUCUUACCGAGCCGUGUACCCCGUCCCCGUCCCGACUCCCCCUCCGCCACCGCUUGGUCCGCAUAUCGGACUGCCUCUCGUCGUUCAGUCUGGCUCGGUCAGCCCCGAGGACGGUGGCCCCGAGUCUUCACCGCCGGUGCAGACGAGCAACCUCGGUGCAGGUGGACCGCAUGGCCCCAUGAGGAUGCCGGGUCAGCCUCCGAUGCACCCUGGUGCUGCUGGCUUUGGCGCAUACCCUCCCCCUCACAUGCAACCCGGAGGUUUUGUUCGAUUCCCCGGACCGGUGAGUUCACCAACAGUAAAAUGUAUUCUGCCGAGCAUCUGACUGACAGUUUGGUCACAUCUGA